AUGAAAAUAUAUACGUUUUUACAAAUCCAAUUUUUAAUUUUAUGCGCAUUUAUUAAGUGUUCUGGUCCCUGGACCAAAAGGAUUGUUACUAAGAAGGGUAAUUCAACAACAGUAACUUAUAUAUAUGAUCCUCCCUAUAAAUACAAAUAUAAGAAUUUACAGAGUGACUCACUUAGAGAAGAAGUUAAGGAUCUUGGAAAUGUAGAGUUUCAUGCAACACUUGAUGCUAUGUAUAACUUUAAGUAUCCCUAUAAAGGUAAAAAAGAAACACAUAAUAUGAUAGACAAAAAUUUUUAUACUACAGGCAGUCUUGACAGAUUUCAAAGCAAGUAUAGAUAUCAUUUUAAGGAUAAAUUAUCCAGAGAAAAAUGUAUUAAUAGAAUAAAAAAGCGUCUUAAUUUUAUUGUAAUUGAAGGUGUUUUAACGGAUGAUGCAUAUUGCGAAGAAGUUAAAAAAGUUUUAUGGAUUGAACAAAGGACAGAUGAGGAAAUGUCUGUUAAGGUAGAUAAGCUAGAAAGUGAGGAAGAGAAAGAUCGCAUGUGCCUUAAUAAAAUUGUAAUAAAAGAUCUUAUAAGUAAAUUAGAAAAAGCUAAAGCCUUAAAACUAUCAGAAGGGAUGAUUGAAUGCAUUGUAAGUACAAUUCAGGAUUUCCUUCUUGAUUUAGUAAGAAUACCCAAAGAAGAAGUACCAUCUAAAAAUGCACGCGAGCAGAGUGAAGGCAAAGUGCAUAAACCAAAUAAAGCCCCCAGUGAAAACUCGACUACUCACGAGAAAAAUUGA